AUGAAAGACCUCCGAAGGUACCUGGUGUUCAAAUACAUCCAAUAUCUAGUCCUACCUUCUCCAAACACCAUUAUCACUCUACUGGGAUUGCUUGCAAGUCUGUAUGUCAUGCUGAUAUUGACAUUUCCUUCUGUAUCCAGAAAAUCCACUGUGGUGUUUAUUAGUAACAUAGCUCAGGCAGACAUCUUAGUUGGCUGCAGCAUUUUUUCUGCCAUUAUAGAAGGUAUGAUAAAGAAUGAAACAUUGGCAGCUUCUUUUCAACUUGCCUUGAGGGAGAACUUCCAAAUUGCAAACAUCCAUGCCAGUUCCCUUUUACUCAGCUGUGUUAGCCUUGAGGCUUUUCUGAUUACUUUUCUUCCAGUAGAGACACGCCACAUAAGGAAUGUUAGAUGUGCCAGAGUAGCUUCUAAGAUCAUCUGGGUUGCUGUAAUUACUGAGUGUUUCCUUUAUCAGCUUGAGUGUAUCAAAGGCCUCAAUAUCUCUUAUAUUGGCAUUCAUAGGGAGGUUCGGCUAUUGAUGAAUUUCUGUUAUGACACCACAGCAUUGCUGAAAUUGCUAACUUACCCAAUUGGAGUUCUUUUAAGAAUCUUCAAUGUAUUUCUUUUCUAUAAAAUGUAUCUCUGA